AUGAUCAUCUUCUGGAUUGCAUUACUCUCAGGAUCACUGCUCUUUGGUGUUUACCACUUGAUGGUGUCUAAACGACGCUACAACUGGUCCAAGAAGUGGCAGCGUGCCAGCUCCAUUACAGCCAUGGACGAGAAGCCUGCCUUUGGAGUCACCGCCGAUCCGCAACGAAAGUGGGGCACCUGGAUACCCCAUCCCUUUGUCACUCCUGUGCCAGCUCCUUACCCCAACUGGAGUGUCGCUCAUACCAAACCUCUUCCUUACCGACCCUUCAAACACAAUUAUUUCGUAACUAUGGGCAUUCGAAGCAUGAGUUGGGACGACUGGAUCGAGCUGGACAACGAAUGGCCAGAAUUCCACGCUCGAAAAAUGAAUCGAAUCCAAGAGAGAGCAGACAAGCUCAACCAUACGGAACCCUGUGCAGUUCCUGCCGUCGAAGAGCUUGUGGAUGAACUCUCCCGCUACCUCACUUGCCGAUACCCCAGUCUUUUCAAGUUCACAUCUCCUGGAAUUAUGUCUAACCUGUAUACUGGAGAAGUCUUUGACCUGAGAUCUCGGCCGUGGAAAGAAGAUCCAAUGACCAUGUGCGGCAAGUGGUUGCAGGACGACCUAGCUGUUAUGAUUGAAGGCGAAGACGGUCAGUACUACCUCAAGGCCGGGUCCAUCAUGCUCUCUGGCUUCUGGAGACUCACAGACAAGCUCAACAUGAGUCUGGCCGAGAUUCACACUUCAGGAGACGUGCCUCAUUUCAACGCCAAACUCAAGACUGGCAUGGAGCGUUUCUUCCAGAAACUGGGCCCCGAACGCGCUGUCAACAGAAACAACUAUUUCAUUCAGACCGACAACGAUCUUGCUUGGUCUCAUGCCAUUGGGCAUGAGGAUUCAGACACCAUUGGCUGGUACACCGCCGAAGACGCUGUUGGAGUCGACCAACUCAAGUUUCGAAGUGAAAGGCAGUCUCUCAGACGUCUUCCAAAGACUGGAGCGAUCAUUUUCACCAUCAGAACGUACUUUCUGCCCAUCACACAGAUUGCCCAGGAACCCUACUGCUCAGCUCGUCUUUUGGAUGGUAUCAGACACUGGGAUAAGGACGUCAGUUCUUACAAAGGCUUGCAAAAGUACGGCCCUGUUCUGGUGCCCUAUUUGGAGGCCAUGGCAAAAAAGGAUGAAGAGAGGGGCAACGGAAGGGAUUCUGAAAAGGAGAAUUAUCCUUGGUAG